UCUCCUUCAUUUUCUUUCCAAACAAACGAGGGAGACGCAGAGAGCAACCCUUUCUAAAACCCUAAGCAGAAGCCAUGGGAAGAGCUCUGCUCAGGCAGCUCUCGCGCUGUUUCUUCUCUCUUCAGACAUUCAGAUCAUACUCUUGUAAUGCUAAGGUUAAUACUCUAUCAUUUGGGCCUGUUUCUUUAUCUGCUUUUCCUUGCGUGAAACCCAGAUAUUUCUCUUCCAAGAGCGAUGCUUUCAUCAAAAUCCCCCACUCUGUUCCGGAAACCAACUCGCCCCAGAACGAGGAUUCAUCCGCCGAGGUGGAGGAUGUCAGCAAGGAAGAGCUGAAAAGACGAAUAGAGAAAUACUUUGAAGGGGAUGAAGAAGUAAUUCCAUCAAUAUUUGAAGCAAUAUUGAAGAGGAAGCUGACUGGGAAACAUGAUGAGUCUGACAAUGAAUUGAUGGAGGAAUUUGGCCAUAAGCCAUCAGAGGGUGACAGCCACGAAGAGUUUGAUUCGGAUUAGCACAAAUUGGCAUGCUGCUUGUGCAUUUGUUUCCCUCUAGCUACUGCUUGGUGUGUGGUCAAGCUACCAUUCAAAGUUGGACAGCGAGCAGCGCAGUGUUUGGUGCACCGGGCUGCUUGUGGAUCAGACAAGAGGGUUUUUGCAGCGUAUUCCUCAUUUUCGGACAUCGAUUCUGAUACCCAACAGGGCAAAUUGGAUACAUGUUCUAAGAGUUUUGGAGCUUCCAGAACUGGGAUGCUGUGUUGAGAUGAAAGUAGUUUUAGCUGACUUUACAACAUGAAAACUCUAUUUUGUUAUAUUCCUUAAAACCAUUAUAUGGUUGUUUAGAAUUCAUGUUUUGUAAUCCAAUCCGUUUUAUACUGUUUUGUAAUCCAGUGAGUUUCAUAUGUAGCUCAACCUCUUGGAUGCAUACAUAUGUAUUUGAUUCAAAAGGUGACACCUUCUUAAGCAGAUGAUUUGAUGCAUCUGCUGCUAGUAAUUUUUCGAGUAUUUAGGUUAAGAGAAAUGUAAAAGCUCUAAUAUUCCAGGAAAGUGUAGGAGAAGAGCAAUUACAGGGAGAAAGGGUAAGAAGAAAGAUAGUAACAUACGAAUACAGUUACCAAAUAAUCUUGUAAUUGUGCAAGUAAAAAGAUAAACAGAUGAUGAAUCGGUAUCUUGAAAGUUGGUCAUGGAAAUGAGCGCAAUUUGAGCAGCUAAUCAUCUGUGUGGGAGAAGAAUUUGCUGAAUUUGAAACAACUUUCCUGUAAUCUCUGUGGUGCCAGCAGAAGA